AUGGCGCCUUUACGAUGUACUCAUAGCUUCUGCUCGGCGCGGGCGUUUGUCCAGCUCGCCAAGCGGCGUUAUACCGCCGCGGCCGCACCCACGACUGCAACCACCAGCUGCCUCGAGUUCCUCGCGCCGCGGACCAUGGCCUCACCACCUCGGAUGACAACCAGCGCAGCUCGGCCUCUCGCGAGACGAAGUGCCGCCGCCCCGGUGACGAUAUCCAGACGAGAAUUCUCCGCCUCGGCGGCUCGGAGUGCGACGACGUGCGUGCAGAACCCGGUCAAGGACGAGGAUGGCCACGACAUGAGCCUGGAGAUUACAGCCCGCGCGGCCAAGGUACGUCGCCGAGAUGGCAAACCCACAGCUGCGCAGAAUGUCCCCUGCGCGCAGCAGCUGAUGCUACACAACGGUGUGCUAACUGAACCGCAGCGCCUUUCGGAAAUCAUGGUCAAGGACGGAAACCCCAACCUCGCGCUGCGCAUCCAAGUCGAGAGCGGCGGCUGCCACGGCUUCCAAUAUUUGAUGAGCCUCAUCACGAUACCCCAAAAGGACGCCGCCGACUUUGCCACCACCGUCGGCGAAGAGGACUCCAUCUUUCAAUACGUCGGCGAGGACCCGGCCGUCGGGGCCAAGUACGACGGCGCCCGCAUCAUACUCGACGAGCCCUCGCUGGACCUCCUCAAGGGCAGCAAGGUGGACUUUACGAUGGAACUGAUCGGCUCGCAGUUUAAGAUUGUGGACAAUCCGCUGGCGACGAGUAGCUGCGGCUGCGGAACGAGCUUUGACAUAAAAAUGUAG